AUGGUGCAGACCCCCCAGCUGGAGCCGCGGCCCGUACCCUCAGACGAGUGCCCACCCUUCUGCCCUGAGGGUCAGAUUGACAAACUCAGUUAUCUCUCUCUUUAUACAUCAUAUACCAGUUCGCUCAUCAUCUUGAUGACCUUCCACUGGACUUCCCCCAAUAUGUCAGUGUCUUGUACCGAGGAACCCCAAACUGGACGUAAAAUUCCAAGCUCUCUGAAAGUGCAGUUCACCGGCAAGUGUCAUUGUCACCGCUUCUUAACACUGACGCCCGCCCUUCCUUCUCCCUUCCCCCCCCGCCGAGACGCAGACUGUGAGCCCCAUGUUAGUGCCUGCCGGCUUCUCACAUCGUCCGUCAGCUCCGACCCAAAAGCUCUUUGGACCCGUUACCCCGGGACCGUCCGGAGAAGCAGGGUGCCAGCACUGGCACAGCCCUGCCUGAAAGCCGUCCAAGGCUUGCAGGCUGGAGCUGGCUGGCAUCCCUGCAUGGAGCUGGUGCACGGGGAAACCUGCUCGGUGGGUUUAAAUUCUGCCUUCCGCUACGAGGCCCAGAAUCCCACUUCUCAUCACAAGCAGCAUGAGAAAAAACAGUGGCGGCUGGGCCGGUCACUGUGCCAGGUGUGGAUCUCCUUUGAUGUGCUGUGCUGCACCGCCAGCAUCUGGAAUGUCACGGCCAUCGCCCUCGACCGCUACUGGUCCAUCACCCGCCACCUGGAGUACACGCUUCGCAUCCGGCGCCGCAUCUCCAACAUCAUGAUUGCCCUCACCUGGGCACUCUCUGCCUUCAUCUCCUUGGCCCCGCUGCUCUUUGGCUGGGGAGAGACUUACUCAGAGGACAGUGAGGAGUGCCAAGUCAGCCAGGAGCCAUCCUACACCAUCUUCUCCACCUUUGGCGCCUUCUACCUGCCCCUCUGCGUGGUGCUGUUUGUUCAACUGCUGGUAGCAGCCAAGCCUUUGCAGCAGUGGGGGAAACUUGGAGCUAAAGUGUGCAAGCAAACAGCAUCCCACCGAAGCCCGGUGAAUCCUGGAGGCUUUCAAGGGAAAGGUGACUGCAAAGCUUGCAAGCCCAGUCUCUUGACUCCUUCCGAGUCGCCAGCUGUAAAAGAAGCUGCCCAGCAGCCACAGAUGGUCUUCACUGUCCGUCAUGCCACUGUUACGUUCCAGACGGACGGAGACACGUGGAGAGAGCAGAAGGAAAAGAAAGCUGCCCUCAUGGUGGGCAUCCUUAUUGGGGUCUUCGUGCUCUGCUGGAUCCCUUUCUUCAUCACGGAGCUCAUCAACCCCCUAUGCUCGUGCGACAUCCCACCCAUUUGGAAGAGUAUUUUUCUAUGGCUGGGCUAUUCAAAUUCCUUUUUUAAUCCCCUCAUCUACACUGCUUUCAACAAAAACUACAACAAUGCCUUCAGGAACCUAUUCUUUAGACAGCACUGA